AUGCUUAAUCACUACGCCACGCUCCAUCAUUCGAUCGAGGAAACAUACCUCUCCCUUCCCUUCGUUCCAAAACCUCGCCCCCCACCGCCACAAUAUAUCACCACCACCGUUACUAUCGCUAUCGCCAUCAUUAAUAGUACCAAGCUAAUAGCGGCAGCAGCAGCAGCAGCAGUAACGGUGGCAGCAGCCAGCAACGGUGGCAGCAGCCAGCAACGGUGGCAGCAGCCAGCAACGGUGGCAGCAGCAACAACGGUGGCAGCAGCAACGGUGGCAGCAGCAGCAGUGGCGGAGCAGCGGUACCAGCAGACACGACGGACAGAGAUAUACCGUAUCUACAGUAAAUAA